AGAGGUAGAAAGAAACACAGAGAAAGAAAAUCAAAACUAAAACAUGUCUCUUCAUUCUUCAUUGAUUGUUGAAGAAACAAAACAAAACAAGGAAGAAGAAAGAAGAAAAUUGGUUGAAGAAGUGAAGACACAAUUAUGGUUAUCAGGACCAUUGAUAUCAGUUACACUCUUAAAUUAUGGUAUCAAUAUUAUUUCACUUAUGUUUGUUGGUCAUCUUGGUGAGUUAUCUCUCUCUGGUGCUUCCAUGGCUACUUCUUUUGCUUCUGUUACUGGUUUCAGUUUAUUGAUAGGAAUGGCAAGUGCCUUAGAUACAUUAUGUGGACAAUCAUAUGGCGCAAAGCAGUACCGCAUGUUAGGCAUACACAUGCAAAGAGCAAUGUUCAUUCUCAUGAUCGUCGCCAUUCCCCUCGCGAUUAUCUGGGCAAACACAAGAUCCAUUCUGAUUUUACUUGGCCAAGAUCUUGAAAUAUCUACUGAAGCUGGAAGCUAUGCUAAGUUAAUGGUUCCCUGCCUUUUUGCUUACGGUCUUCUACAAUGUCUCAACAGAUUCUUACAGACUCAAAAUAUUGUAUUUCCAAUGAUGUUUAGCUCCGCUGUUACAACAUUACUUCAUCUUCCUCUAUGUUGGUUUAUGGUAUACAAAUCUGGAUUAGGUAGUGGAGGCGCUGCCAUAGCAAGUUCUAUAUCCUAUUGGCUGAAUGUUAUCAUACUCGCACUCUAUGUCAAGUUUUCUCCUUCAUGUAAAAAAACAUGGAAUGGUUUUUCCAAGGAAGCACUUGCGCUAAACAAUAUCCCAAUUUUCCUGAAGCUUGCCAUUCCUUCAGCUGUAAUGGUUUGCAUGGAAAUGUGGUCAUUUGAAUUGAUGGUUCUCCUUUCUGGUGUUCUUCCAAAUCCAAAGUUGGAAACAUCUGUGCUUUCUAUCUGUUUAAAUACAACAGCAGCAGUUUUUAUGAUCCCCUUUGGACUUAGUGGAGCUGUAAGCAUUCGUGUUUCAAAUGAACUUGGUGCUGGUCAUCCACAGGCUGCGCGUUUGGCAGUUUGCGUCGUUGUAGUGAUUGCCGUUAUUGAGAGCAUCUUAGUUGGCGGAGUGAUUAUACUAGUUCGUAAUUUAUGGGGCUACGCUUAUAGCAAUGAAGAAGAAGUGGUAAAUUAUGUAGCAACUAUGAUGCCAAUUCUUGCCGUAUCCCACUUACUAGAUGGCAUGCAAGCUGUUCUUUCAGGCACUGCUAGAGGAUGUGGUUGGCAGAAAAUUGGCGCAUUUGUUAAUCUUGGAUCAUAUUAUUUAAUUGGGAUUCCAGCCGCUGUUGUAUUCGCUUUUGUACUACAUAUUGGCGGGAAGGGGUUGUGGUUGGGGAUUAUAUGUGCCCUCAUCGUUCAAGCGCUUUGUCUAAUGAUCAUUACAAUACGCACUGAUUGGGAGAAAGAGGCAAACAAGGCUACUGAUAGAGUUCAUAAUGCAAUAACAACAGAGAGCUUAGUCUCCUGAAGAAAAUUAAUUUUUUUUUUUUGUUUUCUCAGAGUAUUUGGAAGGGGGUAUAUCUUUUAAUGAAAUGUUGAAGGAAAAUAAUAUGUGCUGGUUAUGAAAGUUACUAAAUGAGAUUGUGAUAUGUUAUUGAAAAUCUGUAACUUGGAACGUUUAUUUGAAAAAAAAAUUCCUGCCGCUAAAUUUGAGGGCUAUUUUUA